GGGAGGCGGAGAAGGCACACUCUCCGCUGUUUCCUCGGGUGUUCUUGACGCGGUUGCCGGGGCUCUUCGCUCUCGGGCUUGAGUGGAGUCGGCCGGGCGGCGCUGUGAGGAGGGGGUGCAGACGGCGCCCGGGGUCCGCAGGGCCGGGCCGGAGGGAGCUGCGUGCGUGUCGGCGGUGAAGGUGCUGCCGAGGCUGUGGGCAGUGCGGCGCGGCGCUCGGGCUCCGGCGGCGGGGAAGCGGCGGGAUGGCUGCGGCCGGCGGGGCGGCGGCGGGGCGAGCCUACUCGUUCAAGGUGGUGCUGCUGGGGGAAGGCUGCGUGGGGAAGACGUCGCUGGUGCUGCGCUACUGCGAGAACAAGUUCAACGACAAGCACAUCACCACGCUGCAGGCAUCUUUCCUAACAAAGAAGUUAAAUAUUGGCGGGAAAAGAGUAAAUCUCGCCAUAUGGGACACAGCGGGGCAAGAGAGAUUUCACGCAUUGGGUCCAAUUUACUACAGAGAUUCCAAUGGAGCUAUUUUAGUUUAUGACAUAACAGAUGAAGAUUCUUUUCAGAAGGUAAAAAACUGGGUCAAAGAAUUACGGAAAAUGUUGGGAAAUGAGAUCUGUUUAUGUAUAGUUGGUAAUAAAAUAGACUUGGAAAAGGAGAGGCAUGUUUCCAUUCAAGAAGCAGAAUCGUAUGCAGAAUCUGUGGGAGCGAAGCAUUAUCAUACUUCAGCCAAACAGAACAAAGGGAUCGAAGAACUCUUUCUUGACCUUUGUAAAAGGAUGAUAGAAACAGCACAAGUGGAUGAGAGGGCAAAAGGCAAUGGCUCUAGUCAACCAGGAGCUGCACGGCGAGGUGUACAGAUCAUCGAUGACGAACCUCAGGCCCAGAGUGGUGGCGGAGGGUGCUGUUCCUCUGGAUAACUCCUCACUCAAAAGAAAUGACCAACAGCAGCAACAAAACCACACACAUAUACACAAAAACUGUGGAUCAUUGCCCUCAACACGAAGACUGCCAUAUUCCAAGUCACGUUAUUUUACCAAUGGAGUUAGAGAAUUAACAGUAUUUUAAAAUACAUUUAUAACACUGCAGAGACCUUAAGUGCUAAACUUAGUGGAGUUUGUGACCAGAGAAUUGGCAUUUUCUACAAAUGUUAACAAAGCAAUUACCAAUGGCCUUUUUACAUAUUUUUUUUCCUUAAUGAGGAAUAAUAUGCAUGUAGAAAAGACCUACUUAAAAGGCUUCAUUUAUAUUCUUUUAAAUCAAAUCUUUAUUUAAUAACUUAUAUAUGUUGUUGGAAUGGUAAACGUUUUUGCAGCCCUUUGUAUUUUGUGGUAGUUUGAAUUGUAUCAUCACUUCUGAACAGCAAACUGUUUCUCUUUUUUGUUUUUUAAUUAGCAGAUUCCUGAAGUACUAUUUUUGCAGGGUUUGCACAGGCCCCUAACUGUCUACUACUUUGAUAUAAUCUAUAUUCAUCCUUUAUGCUGAGCUGGUAAAAUACAUUGUAUAUUACAUAUUAAAUAUUUUAUCUGCUUUUACAAGUGCAAGGUGCAAAAAUAUUUACAAUAGUCUCAUUGAUGACUGUAAAGUGAAUUAACAUUUGGUGAUAAUGCCUAAGCUUUUUGACUCUAUGUUAUGCAGAUCAUAGCUCCUCUUCACUUUUGUCUUAAUUUGAAAGUGGGCGUGUUAAAAUUUUCACACAUUCUUUACUUGAACUACUACUGCUGUCACUUUUUCCCCCCUGUAAAUCCAUCUGAGAUUGAUCAGCAACAUUUGCCUUUUAGUUUGUGUUUUUUGUUUUUGUAAAAGAAGUACAUCUACCAGUUUUGCUUUAGGAUGGUUACUUUAGAAGUAUUUGAGUGAAGCAUAUUGAGUUUCACUCUGCAACGGCGUUAGCUUUCUGACCGUUGUAGCUUUCUCUUAUGCUUUAUAUGAGAUGGGUUCAGUGGAGUGAGAAGAGGGGAAGAAUUCCCACCCAGUAGCCGAUUACCAAGAGUCAUUCGUACAGCAUGCUAGUAGUGGUCAAGCUGGGUUUGUUCAUGGCUUGUCAGAGUUGAACACAAAGUUUUUGUUUCAUUUUAUAAGAGUUGUCCUAUGUUUCGGAAGGGAGACAUGUAAUGCAGUUUUAGCAAACACUGGAAAGAUUUAUUAUAAAAUUAUAUUCUUGUAUACUUUGUAAAUUAGUCCCUCAUUAGUUUUUUCAAGCAUAGGACUGAAUUUAAAUUUGUUAAUUUUAAUAGAAUCCGGCACUGCUCACAGAAGGAACACAGAUUGUGGAAAUUAACAAAUUGCUCUUGUUCUAAUAUAUAUAUUUUUCCAUUUCUGUCAUGCUUGGAAAACUAGUAAAUGUUAUGUCUGAGAUAAAAUGGAAUGGCCCCUGGAUUUACUUCUCAUAAGAAGCUGUAGUAUGCAAUAAAACUUAGUGUGAGUGAGGAAGAGGCUAUUAAAAGGUUAAAGCUAUUGAUUAUGUAUCUUUAAAUAACAGCAAAAAGAUUCUCAAAUGCCUUUGAAAAUUUGAAUGAAUUGACACCUGCAUGUUGCAGUGUUAGAAUUUUAACUUAAAACUAGUAUUGUGUUCUGUGAGCACUCCUCCCUUGUCCUUCUUUAAUAUUGCCCUUGCCAAACUCAGUGCACUGAUUGCUGUUCAUUGUGUUUUGGGAGGUGGGCGUAGGAGUAAGAGUAAAGGAGAUAAGUUAAAACAGUCUUCUUUUGUGGGAUGAUUGUAUUCUGUGUAGUCUCUUGCUUCUUUGUGAAGCUGGUGUUUUUGGGAGGAGAUGGUGGAGUGAGGACGUAGAGGUAGAAAUCAUGACCAUUGGCACAUUAAAUGUUUUUGUGCUCCUUAUGAGGGAAUAAAGCAAGCUUUGCCAUUCUUUCUUACUGAUGAAAAUGGUAAGUAAGUUCUGCACUGGAGUUAAAUACAUUCUAUGUAUCUUUCUUAACCUCCAACAUUACAUUCUUUUUCAUUGUAAUGUAGGCCUGUUCAUUGGCACUAAUAGAUACUAUGGUAUACUUGCAUUUGUCGUUAGCCAGGAAUAGAGUAAAAGAAUAAUGUAAGAGGAUCAAUCAACUGCAAUACAUCAACAAAAGGAAAUAAAAGAACAGUAAACCAAG